UCCGUGACGGAAUGCACAAAAAAGUUGUCGCUUUCUGAAAUACUAGCAUUUGUUAAUGCCACUAAGGUUUCCCGAAACCUUUACGAAGGGGAGUGUGUUCUCGAUGCGGGGCAUGUUAUAAUGUGUGGCAUUUCGAAGGAGUGCGAUGAAGAACUGUCAAUAUUCGCGUUGUGUUUGUCGACCAGCGCAUUAUCUGGAGAUCCCCAUACCGUAACAGCGACACUUUCAAGCGUCGCGGAUGAGACUACGUUUCGAGUGAAUGCUGUGACGUGCAGUUGCAAGGCUGGACAAUCUGAAAGCUGUAAGCACGCAGUUGCAGUACUCCUGAUGUGUAACAGGCAAGGGAUACACAACCUUGAACACCUCAGUGUGACAGACUUGGAGUGUUCCUGGAAAGGAAACAAACGUAACAAAACUAUGUAUGAUGAGCCGACAAGACUGGAGGACUACUGCCAUGUUGAGCAGCUGCCAGUGCUAUUUCUUGUUCGUGCUGACAAACGUACAAGAAUAAUGAGUGAGAUUCAGGAGCUUUGCCCAGACUCUGUGCUCAACGUGCAUCGAACAAGGAGACGAGCCAAACAAGUAGUCGGUGGUGCCAGCCUAACCAAACAGAGCAGCGGAUGGUCGGCAAUCUUGUCAAAUGCGGAGGCUGGUACUGUGAUGGGUGCUUUGGCCGAGAAACAGCUGUCAUUCACACCUAGCGCUGACACCAUGCAGUUCUACAAGGAUAACAUCGUUAUCACAAAGGAUGAAGCAGAAAAAAUUCUACGUGACACCUACAAGGACAAGUUGAUCUGGAUGACCCAACGAAGGAACCGAGUAACUGGUACAACAUGCUACCCCUUGUUUACCUACAGCAAGAGGGACUGGCACCAGAAAGUUCUAAGCACAUUGCAUUCAUCAUUCAAAGGCAACAGUUCAACAAGAUAUGGCAAUGACAACGAAGAAGCUGCAAGGCUGAGAUAUAAAGAGGUCAUGCAAAGGAAGGUCAUCACUUGUGGGCUAGUGGUGUCUACAAAAAAUCCCUGGCUAGCUUGUUCUCCAGAUGGAGUGGUAAUGGAAGCAGGAUCCCCAUGUAAGCUUGUGGAAAUUAAGUGCCCUGUGAAAGGGAAGCAAGUGUGUGCAACAGAAGUGGUGGCUAGCUGCAAUUUCCUAGCAAGUGAUGGUGAAAACUACAAACUGAAGAAAAGGCAUACCUACUAUGCACAAGUGCAACUGGGCAUGGCCAUCUUGAAUGUAUGCCAGUGUGACUUUGUAGUAUAUGCAGCUUUUGAUAACUCUGUGCAUGUCAUUAACGUCAAAUUUGAUUACGAGUUUCUGUGGAAAAUGGUGUCACGCUUACACAACAUCUAUUUUGAGCAUGUGCUUUCAGCACUCUGUGCACAGCCUGUAAAUUAGUGAUGGGGACCUGAAUUAAAAUCA